UCUGAACUACUAUCUCUAUAUAUCAGCCUCACUCUCUUGUAUUUUCUCAUAUCUUACAACUUCAACAUUAAACUUUCCCUUCCCUCUUUCUCCAGGACAACAUCAACUGUAUAGUUAUGGUACAAUCAAAGAAGUUCAGAGGUGUCAGACAACGCCAUUGGGGUUCUUGGGUCUCCGAGAUUCGUCACCCUCUGCUGAAAAGAAGGGUAUGGCUCGGAACAUUUGAGACAGCAGAAGAGGCAGCUAGAGCGUACGACGAGGCGGCAGUUUUGAUGAGCGGUCGUAAUGCGAAAACAAACUUUCCUGUUCUUACUAGUUCUGACAAAUCUUCUUCGUCCUCAUCAUCUACUUCACUGUCUUCUUUACUCAGUGCAAAACUUCGUAGAACUUGCAAAUCUCCGUCUCCUUCUCUAACUUGCCUAAGGCUCGAUACGGAGAAUUGCCAUAUCGGAGUAUGGCAGAAGCCGGCAGGACAACGUUCCGAAUCAAGCUGGAUUACGAUCGUUGAGCUCGGAAAGAAGAAGGGAGAAAUUCCAGAAGUGAAACUGCCUGGUGUAGAGACAUCAUCAGAUUUAAAGCUAGGGCAAGAAGCUGGUGGUGAUGGAUUAAAUGAAGAACAGAGAGUUGCACUGCAGAUGAUUGAGGAGCUACUGAAUAGGAACUGAAUAGUAAUGUCUGUUUGGUUAGCAAGAAAAUUUGCAUGUGAAGAAGUAGUUGUGGAGUGUUUGUUUGAUUGUUCAAAUUUGAGUGUGUGUUUUACUUUAAGGUCAUACGUUGGGAAAGUAUAGUAUUAUUGUUUACAUAUUUACAUGUGUUUGAUUAA